AUGCUGUCUCUGCUGGGUCGAUCGACCUCUUCGGCUUGUCGGCCGGCCGUGCUGAUCGUCGCUCAAACUCACGCCCAGUCCACAACUCCGGCCACAACACCACAACACAGCGUUCCUGAAGCUCGAAUCAGCUCCCAGGGUUCACAGUUUAGAAAAGGAACUGGUGGAAGAGCGUCUUUCUCCGGCAAUGUUGUUACGGUAUUCGGUACUUCUGGCUUCAUGGGUCUUCCCGUCAUCAACAGACUUGCGAAGCAGGGAGAUCAAAUCAUUAUCCCGUACAGGCAGGAUCCUUACUAUAUGAGAGAGCAUAAGGUACCUGGUGAAUACGGUCAAAUUCUGUUCUUCCCUUUCGAACUAAAGGACGAGGCAAGCAUCAGAAAGGUAGUCAGAUACUCUAACGUCGUUAUCAAUCUCAUAGGAACUAGAGUUCCAACAAAGAAUUACGACUACUACGAAGUCCAUCAGCAUGGUGCUCGCCGGCUUGCAAGAAUCUGUCGCGAAAUGGGUGUGGAGCGCUUCAUUCAUAUGUCAGCUCUGGGCGCAACAGUUAAUCCCGGGAAGGGACAUUUUGUAAAGGAAUCGCAGUUUUUGCGUAGUAAGGGUCUUGGAGAAAUAGCAGUACGUGAGGAGUUCCCCUCAGCGACAAUUGUUCGUCCAUCUAUUAUCUAUGGAGAACUUGAUGGCUUUAUCACGUACUACGUGAGCAGAUGGCGAAAAACUCCACUCGAUUUGGUGUAUUUGUACAAGAAGGGUGAACAUACCUACAAAAUGCCUAUCUGGAAUGGUGAUGUUGCUGCUGGUCUUGAUCGUAUCGUACGCGACCCAACGUCUGCAGGUCAAACUUACGAAUUUGUUGGGCCUCAUUGCUAUCAACUGAGCGAACUGAUGGACUAUAUGUAUAGAAAAGCGAAAUGCAUUGAGCCAUUUGGAUUCCGCUAUCGGCGGCACUCAAUGCCUGAUCCAUAUUUCAAAAUGUUAACCUGGUUAACAGAACAAUGGGGCCACUUUUUCAAGUGUAAAGUCCCACUAAAUCGUGAAUGGAUGGAGUAUGUGGAAGCGACGGACGAUGUUUUGACUGGUCAAAGAAUGCUGGCCGAUUUAGGAAUUAGACGUUUGACUGAGUUCGAAUUCGCCGGAGGAAAAGUGGCAUUCUAUCAAAACUUCCAUAAGUACUUCGAGGAAGGAUAUGGAGAGUUGCCACAACCUCCUCUACCACUUAGGUAA